UUGACCAUGCUUGUAUGGGUAUAUCACCACAUACCAUACCCUAUCUUCCCCUGCCAGUCUCUUCUGCUUCAUUGGCUACAGGACAGUGGGAUCGAAGCCAUCUGAAAGGCAUAUAAAGCCAAUUGUUGCAGACCUGUAGGCAGUAUCUCACCCUCUGGCUGAGGGGUCCUGGCUCAGAAACAGCUCCAGCUCAGUCUUUUCCACCAUGAGUCUCAGAUUCAACGCUACCUCCUGCUCUAGCCCCAGCCUGCAUCUUGCCUUAGGGGGAUUGCUGCUCCUGUCAUUGCUCCUGACUGUGCUGGUUCCCUCUACCAAUGGACAAGCUGCAAGCAUAGAGUCGUUUGUUGAACUGCGCUGCCUAUGUGUGAAGACGGUCUCUGGAAUCCAUCCCAGCAAGAUCUCCACUUUGGAGAUGAUUAAGGCAGGAUCCCAUUGUUCCAAAGUCCAAGUGAUAGCCACACUGAAAGAGGGCCAGAAAGUCUGUCUGAACCCAGAUGCUCCAGGAGUCAAGAAAAUGAUACAGAAAACAUUGGAAGGUCAGGAAUCAGCUGCUUAAUUUGCUACUUCUUGCCAGAAUUUUUCUACCUGCCUGGAAGGGCAGGAUUUUGAAGUCUUAAAUUUCUAUAGUUAUUCUUUUAUCCAGGACACCUGUUCUUACUGUAUGACAAUUGGGAUAAAUUUUAUUCUGUUUCAAAAAUCACAUUGUAUUCUGAGAAGGCACGUUAGGGAUGAGAGAAGAUGGAAAUAAGCAAGCCCAGUAAUAAUGCAUAAGUUAUGGUUAUGGUUUAUUCUCUAAUUCUUGCUUAAACACUGUUCUGUGCUUUCCAUUUCCAUUUUUUUUUUUUUUUGAGACAGGGUCUUGUUCUGUAGUCCAGUUUGGCUAGGAAAUUGUGGCAAUAUUCCUGCCUCAGCCUUCUGAGUGCUGAGAUUACAGGUGUGUGCCACCAUGACCAGCUAUAUUUCUUUGUUGGAACAUUUAUUUCCAAUCCCAUUUGUGUUAAUUUUUCUUUCUCAGUUGUUAGGCUAGAUGAGCUCAUGACGAUUAAUAGAUGUCAUGACAGCCAGUAAUAUCAAGCACCCCGAAAAGCCAAGCAUAGAAUGUACCUCAUUUUUUUAUACUUUGAUAUAGAGUUUUCACUGUCUUAGCCAUAGAGUUUCUGAUUUCAAACUUUCCUCUGAAAAGUGUUUCUAAUGUUUAUGUUAGGCUUCAGACCCUAAAACUAAUAGUUGUAGGAUGUAAGUCUGUAAGCAGUAGUGACUUAAAGUGAAUUUAUAUUUUACACUAGUAGAGCAAAAAGUGCAUGAUAAAAAAGCAUUAAUGUACUCUACAAAGAAACCCCAGCACUUUCUGCAGUGAUAACUAAGGAAAAUGGCUGAUUUUAUUUAAUGUUAAUUGUAUUCUUGCAUAUUCAUAUAUAUUUUCAUUUAAUUAAUAUCUGCACAAUUAUAAUUUCAGUAUUAGAAUUGAACUGGCAAAUAAGUAUAACAGGGAAACAUUACUAGGCUACUACUAAUUUUUUAAUCCACAAAACCUUCAUUCAUUUGUUAACCCUUAAAAUCAAUACUUUCAUUAUUCUUACAAAGAGGUUAACAUAACAUCAGAUUUUUCUAUUGAUAUAUUAUCUUAUAUUAUCAAUUGAAAUAGACUUUGGGGAAAGUUU